AAAGCGCAAUAAGUAGUUUGGCGUUACUCGAACGAUGUCGUUUAUCAUUUCUUUUGUUUUAUAAAUAAUUGUACGAUCGUCGGUGGUUGUGUUACAAAUAUGACUUCGUGAUUCCGUCACGGUGUACUCGUACUCGAUCGACGAUACUCGUCGGCACGGCACAGGAGGUGUAUUCGAGGACAAACACUUGGAUCAAGACACGAGCAAAUUUUUUAUCGUCGAUUAUUAACUUAAUCUAAUAAUAUUUGAUUCGAUCGAAGAAAAUCGUAUUGCACGUAAGACGAUAUAAAAGCAAAAAAGAGAAAUGUGCGUCGCAUCAGAAACAUCGACCAAUGGUAGAAGGCAUGUGUUACGGAAAUAUGGCGGAUACGCGUUGGUGGCGUUAGCGACCAAUCAGCUAACGAACUAAUGGGACGAUAGCUUGAGAAAGGGCAAACGGUGGCGCUUGGAAAACGGUACGGUAGCGAGGAUCGCGAAUGGAUGUACGCGCGAGUUUCGUUCUGUCAUGGAUAUUAUCGGACGCUGUGUCAUAGCUUUGUCCGAGCAUCGUCGUCGCGCUCGUCUACGUGCUCGUCGUCAUCGACGUCGUCGGCGUCGUCGUCGUUCUUAUUGUUAAAGACUCAUAGCGCCUCCACGGGGCGUUUACGCGAUCCACACGAAAUUCACGAUUCUGCUUUCGUGCUUGUUUUUUUUGUUCUUUUUCUUUUUUUUUUUUGUUCUUUUUUUUUUUUUCUUAUCUGCACCGAGUGGCUGCAUCGAGUGAAACAGACGGAAAGAACGUCGGCAGGGGAGAGAAAGAGAGAGAGAGAGAGAGAGAGAGAGAGAGAAAGAGAGAGAGAGAGAGGCUUCUCCGUGGUUUCGUUCCAUCGUCCACGUGCUUUCGCGGCUUAAGCAAGAGAUUCUCAAGUGACGGGUGCGGCGGUGAAAGAGUGGAAAGGGAAAGAGGGGGUUUGGCUUGAUCUCUCUCUCUUUCUCUUUCUCUCUCUUUCUAUGCCGGAAGGUGGGGUAAGAGUGGGGGGAGAGCCAGUACCGCCGUCGACCUUAGGAGUUGAGCGGUCGUUUCGUUGCAUCGCGUUUAGUGCGUGUCCGUCAGUGCGCGAGUCAAUGACGACGUCGUGAACGCGCGAGACCGCGCGUGCUCGUGCGACGACGCGCGUUUCCCGCGACGUCGAAAGAGAGAGAGAGAGAGAGAGAGAGAGAGAGAGAGAGAGAGAGAGAGAGCAGAGAAGAUAAAGAAAAAAAGGUGGGGAGUCGCGGAGAGAAGAAUAAAGGAAGCCAAGAACGCCGCGAAGCAUCCAUCGAAUCGUUUUUGAUCACACGGCACGUUUGCGUGCCCAAAUUCACACGCAUAUAGACACACACACACAUAGAACGAACGGAUAAGGUGCAUUUCGUUCGCGCUCCUACGUUUAUCCUCGAGGAUAUUAAAAUUCGUCUUGCUUGGUGUUUUUCGAAUUAAUCUCUUUUAAGAGCGUGACACGUUUAGAGGAAGACCAGGCGGGAAUUUCAAAAGGCGCCAAAGUGAUUCGAAACGUAGGUUAGGGGGCGAUACUUUCGGGUUAAGGGGGUCCGCGAAAGUGACGCGAAGUUGUCGCGAAUCCCGAGGAGGGUGUUAAGACGAUCAAAGGAUAGCGACGGAGAUCGAUAGAAAAUCUAAGAAAAUAGAAAAAAGGCAAAAACUUUGAGGAGCGGAACGAGUAAAUGAAACGAUGUCGUUGCUAGUGUUGCUAUUUUUAUCGGCCGAUAAUAAUCGUCAUCCUCGUCGUCGAUAAGUCGUCGUGCUCGCGUCAGUGUGUCGCGAUGUCGAGCGGCACGACGGGCGUCGUGCGUGCUACCGGCGCCGAGUGCAGGAAGUUCGCACCAAACAUAUUCAACAAGAGCAAGUGCAGCAGCUGCUUCAAGCAGAAAGAGGAGCACAGUGCGGAGGCUCUGGAAUGCAAUAGGGCUACAAGAAAGAUUUCAAAAUGUGGAUACCUCUUCGUCGCACCCGGCUGGGACUUUUCGAAUCCUCUCAACCGUACAAAGAGAUGGCAAAGAAGAUGGUUCGUCCUUUACGACGACGGAGAAUUGACUUAUUCGGUCGACGAGCACCCAGAAACUGUGCCACAAGCACGGAUCGACAUGACACGAGUCCUGGAGGUUGCAGCCGCGGAGGACAUCACCGGGCAUCCCUAUAGCCUGGCCGUGACCUCGCCCGAAGGCGUGACGUUCGUUAAGGGCACGUGUCGAGAGGAAACGAGAUGGUGGGCUGACGUUCUCCAGGUGUAUUCGCGAAACAAAGGUCGACACAAGCGAAACGCCACGUUUCCUGGCAGUCAAACGACGAUCCUCCAAGUUACACCGGCGAUUCGAAGUAACACGCCGAAUCCACCUCGACCGCGCUUCAAUAGCUGCCGAUCGGAACCUCGAAGCAAUGCCAUGUGGAUUACGGAAACAACUAGCGGCUCGUCGGAACUUUGCUCUUCCGUAUUUUCGUCGACACCUUCUUCGGUCACUACCAGCGUGUCGACGAUGACGAGUUGCUCGACGAAUUCUCUUCUGAGUAAUGGUAACGUGGACAGCAACAACGUUUCGCCGCUGCGAAGCAGUACUCCUUUGGAGAACGGUACGAACGGCCCUUAUUUAACAUCGUCUUCGUCGUCGUCGUCGUCGUCGUCGUCGUCGGCAGCCACAUCGGUUUCCAUAAACGGAAACGUCGUAUCCGUGAGCACGGCUUACACGACGACGCCAACGAGCACCGUCGUCGUGUCCGCCUCGAAUACGACGAUCUCGAGCACAUUGUCUAGCAGCAGUUCUAGCACAACUUUGACCGAGAAACCACCAAUGAUACCAAGCGAAGUUAGAUCAAUGUACAGGGAUCAACCCGCCAGUGGAUCCUCUCCGCCGACUAGAGACAAAUUGUGCGCCGAAGACAAGGCUAGACGUAGGUCGAAUCAUCAACAGGGAGAACAUGGAUCCAAUGAGAAGUUAGACGACGACGCUUGUCGAAGAAUAUUCUUAGAACACGAGAGAGAACGGGAAGGUAAAUUACGGGAUAUUGCCGCGUCAUUGACUCAACCGCGAAUUCGCAGAAUCAAGCCUAGAACCUCCGAGCCAACGAGGGACGUAGUCGAUGCCUCUAAUGCGGUUCAUCGAGACAAACUCGUAAGGGGCGAUCCCGAUGGUUGCGGAUUAGAUAUUUCUAGCAUUAGAUAUUCGCCUACCUCCGAAUUGAGGGUCGAUUUACCGGCGGAAAAUGUACUAAACAUUAAGAAGGGUUGGCUAAUGAAGCAGGGUUUAAAUAAGGAGUGGAACAAGCAUUGGUUCGUUUUACGAGGUUGUGGCCUGAUGUACUAUAGAGAUCCUUGCGCGGAGGACAAGGGCAUCAUGGAUGGCGUUAUAGACUUGAAUACCGUUACUGCGGUUACGCCGUUGCAGGUCGCAAGAAAUUAUGGAUUUCAAACCGUGGCCUGGGACGAAAGAGGUAGCACCGUCUUAUCCGCGGUGACGGCCGGCAUUAGAUCCAGCUGGAUGUCGGCUAUUAGAAGAGCGGCUAAUCUGCCUGAUCCCGAUAGCAAUGGGGAGUCGUUGCCGAUAUGCUCGGACAAUCAACAGGAUAUUAAUUCUCAAUCACCGACAACGUCCAUCAACGAUCGCGAAAGGGAUCCCGUAAUUCCUCCGACGUCGAAUACGCCUCGAUCGGUCCUAUUUUCCUCCGACGAAGAAUACAGAACUGCAUCGGAGGGCGGACGAAGAGAAUCCGGUGACUGGUCGGAAAUUCCGGUUUCGCCGCCUCUUAUUAGAAACGGCGAUUGGUCUUUACCUUUGAAAGGAUCCAACUGGUCCGACACGACGAAUCACGAGUGGUCGGAAUUACCACCGUCGCCGCCAUUGACGAGAACGGCUCUAUCGAGGGUUAAAGCGAGAUCGAGGUCGAGUUCGAGAUCGCGCGUUUACAAGAGGAGUCGUAGCUCACCUCCGAGUUCCCGACGAAGCACCCUGGACAGCGUAAGGUCGGAGGACCUUAUGAUGGCCUGCUGCGAGUUAGGAGAAGACGAGGAGCAAAGCAACGGGCACGUUCAAAGCAAUAGCCGUCUCUCCGGUUCGAACGACAGUCCCUUGAUCGUCGAACUCUUGGAGAAUCAAGUUUCCCUAUUACGCGAUCAACUCGAUCACAAUCAGUCCCAUCCAAGCGCACUGCUAGUCAUCGUCGAGCGUCAAGAAAAUGAGAUAGAGAAAUUAAAGUCACAGUUGAGUACAGCGCGAUUGGACGUGGCCAACGCCGAGAAAGAAUUAUCAAGAUUGAGACAGCAAAAGGCAGAGGCGGUGAUCAGGGAAAAACAGGUGGAAGAAUUGCUCGGUACGAUACAGAGAACGGAACAACAAAGGAACAAGGAUCUCGACGAUUUGGAAAAAUUGAAAAAAGUUUAUACGAGGGAGAAGGAGAUACUAGAAUGCAAAUUAUUGGAAACCGAGGCUAUUCUUAGAGAGACGAGCGAACGAUGCGAGAUGCUUACGAACGAGUUGACUUCGAAUCACAGAAACGUCCAACGUUUGCAGGAAGAGGUGCAGGCACUUGGCGAAAGACUCUCUCAAGGUAUCGAAGAAAACGAACGACUGUACAAUAGAGUCAGAGAGCUGGAAGAAAGGGGUGGCCUUCCCGGAUCGCGAGAACGAGGUAGAAGCUUCGAUUCUCUUAGCGAUCUGACCAACAUCGAUUUGGACAUGGAUCUCAAUAUGCUCGACAAGGAGAGGGUCGUAGAAGAGUACGAAGAGUUGAGAGUUCGAUUCGAGAAGGCCAUAUCCGAGAUACGUGCGAUGCGUAAAGAAUUGCGCGAAGCUCACUCGACGCAGGAUGCAUUGGAAUUGGAGAUUUUUGCUUAUAAGCAGGAUGCCAUCGGUGUUAGCGAGACGAAUCAAGCGCAGGUACAAUUGAUGGCAGCUCGUAUUCAGGAUUUGACCAACAAGCUCGCCGCCAGCGAGAAACAAGUUAGAACGCUUAAGCAGAAAUUGACAAAGGCGGAAACCAGGGAUAAGAGGAGAUCUCUCUCCUUGAAGGGAAGGGAAUCUUUUCAGAUAUCUCAGGAAAUGGAGGAUAAGCUUUGCGACUUGGAGAAUAAGAUUUGCGCUAUAGAACGCGGUGGUAAGGGCGGCGGUGGCGGCGGCGGCGGCGGCGGCGGCGGCGGCGGCGGCGGCGGCGUUGGUUCGAAUUCGAAGGAGUCGAGUCCGAAUUCGAAGAAGGAGAAGAAGAAGGAGGGGAAACAUUUGGAUCGCGCUAGAUUGCGCAGAAAGUCGUUGGACAGCGCCACCAGUUCGGAACCUAUGAAGGUGUUGAUCAGAUUGAGCACGUUGGAGACCAAAGUCGCGAGCGUGGCCGAAAAUAUGGCGAGCGACGUCGAGAAAGACUCCAGCGAGUGCAGCGAGGUCAGCGCGACUUCCGUUGGCAACGAGAUCCCCUUGGAAUUUCUCUCGAGAUUGAAGAAAUUGGAGAGGGCCGUGUGGAAGUCGAAGCGACGAUUGGAAAAGUGUUUGGGCUCGACCCAAACUGAGGACAAGGCGGAGAAGUGCUUGCGCGAGGUCAACGACAUAUUGGACUCGUGCUUAGAGUGUAAGAAGGGCCAAGUCGGUGGUGGUCAAAUCGGCGAGUCGAUAGGAGUAGUGGUAUGUAGACUAGAGGCUAUACUUAAGGAUAAAUUAAGCGAACUCACGAAGAGACGGCAGACGCUCGCGUCGAACGACCGGUUGGACGACAGGGAGAAAGUAAAGUUGAUCGCCGAAAGGAUAGCCUUCGAAUCCGUGAUUCUUGGACGAUUGAAGCGGGCGAUCGGCGGUGGUACCUUAGGCGACAAGAGCGCCGUUCUCGGUGAAUUGCUCGAAACUAGUCAGCUUGCCUCAAGCUUAAAGCAUAAGAUUCAUGGAACCAAGCCCAAAACGUACCAAAACACGAAUUACGUUCAGUAUCUUUCUAGGGUCUUAGCUAAUAAGUUAGUGCUCGUAGGAGGCGUUCUCCCUGUUAAAACGGAGGCGUCGCUUCAACUUUGCAACGCUCGAGCCGAGUGCUUGAGCUUUUUAUUGCAAAAGCAAAAGGAAGUCGACGGUAUCGUCGGACGUUACAAGGAAACGAAAUUGAGAGAGCUGGCGGAGGCCUUGGCGAUCGAGACGCUCAAUCUCUCGGAUCAGGAGGAUCAUCAUCAUCUCGCCAAGCAAAUAAACGUGUCGAGCAAGAAAUUGCUCGAGGAUAAGCGUAUUCGCGAGGCUUGGGCCCUCGCCCAGGAGACCGUCAAUAAGGAGCUCGUGCAAAGCGAGGUGUCGCGCGUUAUAUUGCACUGCGCGCAGAUCUACGAACAGGAUAUCGCGUCCGUCCUCGACACUUGUCUAAGCUUCAACGAGGCUGGAUCCGUAGGUUUGGAGAAUUGGGCGGACGAAACGCGAACGAAAUUACGCAAAGAGAUUCAACUGUCCGUAGAGGAACUCUCGGAGGUUUACGAGGAUACUCUACGUACGAUGAAGCGUAACAAGGGCCUCGCAAGUACCAUCUCGGAAUACGAUUCUCAUAGACUUUUGACGGAUUACGCCGACGUGAUCGCGCACAAAGCUUUAAUAGAUGCCAGAAUAGCUCUUCUCCAGAAGAGCACGAAACCGUCGACCUCUUUCAACAACAACAACAACAACGGUCAAAGCGGUCAGAAUUUUCUAUCUAGUCUUAUUAAAAACGAGGACCUUCUCUAUCACUUGACCGAGGAUAACAACUCUGGUAAAUUCGAUAACGAUCUCGUUCUCGAGGCAGAGUGCAAUUAUCUUUAUCGACAGUUUGCCGAGGAAUGCGAGGAUAGGAUAUCCGGUAGGCAGGAGUCGAAGGAACGAAUUAAAACGAUAGGACAAAAUUUAGUAUAUCUCGAGGAGGACAUAAGCGGACUCGCCAAAGUUAUAAAAGAAAAGGCGGUGGGUGGAGAAAAGGCGGCUAAGACGAUCUGUCAGUUUGAACGUUCGAGCAACGGGCUCGCGGAUUGGACGAACGUUUGCGAAAAGUGUUCGCAAUUAAGAGAGCAAAUCAAAAGACUCGCCGCUUACGUCGAUCUUAUGUCCUGCAAACAGUGCGAGGAACUGCAGGAAACCAUAGAGAGGCUAACGGCUCAACACGAGGAAGAGCUGGAAACGCUCAAGAGAAAUCAGGAGAAGGAUAUAAUGGACAUAAAGGGUGAACUCGACAGUCAAAGGCAGUCCCUUACGACGCAGUACGAGCAAGAAGCGGCUAGUCUGCGUGAAAGGGCGAGAAAAUUGGAGUACAGAUUGAACGCAAUGGAUUCCGAACAUUCUGCUCACGUCAACGAGCUACGUGCCGUUUAUCAGAGAUCCAUAAGCGCCGAACUCGAUACCGAUGCCGAGACGAGAAAAAGAUACAAGGAGGAGAUCAAACAGCUCAGGGCACUUUGCGAGAAAGGAUUGUUGGCCAUGGAAAAUUCACACCGACGUAUUAUUUCAGAGAUGGAGGAAAAGCAUCGGCAGGAAUUGGAAAAUUUGAGAGUCGAGAAGGAGCAAGCACUCUCGGAAGAGACCCAAGCGACUUUGGCCGCAUUAGAUGCCAUGAGAAAGGCGCACGAGCACGAGGUACAAAAGGAGAUUGCCAAGUUCAAGCAGGAAUUCAUCAAGCAGAUGCAAGCUCGAGAGGAUAUCGGUGAGCUGCAUAAAGAACACGAGGAAGAAAUGGAGGAAAUAAAGCAAGAAAUUCUUUCAUUGUCUGCCAAAUAUUCAUCGAAGUGCGUCGAGUCUGCCGCUUUGGAGGAAAAAGUAGGUACUCUUACGAAGCAACUUGCACAAGCGCAACAGCAUAUAAUGCAGCUAGACGCUAGGAACAAGCAGCUGAGGGCGCACUUUCUGGUGGAAUGUAGCGACGCUGGUAUCAAUGAUACUAUUCAGAUUUUAAAAAGCGGAGAGAAUGACACAGUCGAACCGAAGGAGGAACUUUACAAGCUACCACAGCACAUAAAACAUGGGGACACCCUUCGUGAAACGACCGGUGUACCACAGAAAUCUUCGUCACUAAACACCUCGCCAGCGUACUCACCGCAACGUGUAAGAAAUAAUCACGAGUCGAUGCAAGGAACGAGCGAGGAGCAGAAAUUAACGAGCGAACGCCCAAAAAGCUCCUUAUCCACGCUUCAAAAGUCCCUUUCGGCGGAUAAACCGAGCAGCUUCUCGUACAAGCUCGAACGAAUUAAAUCCAUAUCGUUGCCUUACUCGAAUAAUUUAGUUAGGCCGGGGAGUAGUACUGCUAUUUCAUCGCACGAUAGGAAAAAUACGAUCUUAACUCAAAAGAACGAAGAACAUAAUGGUAUAGCAUCGCCAUUAUGGGACAGCUUAAGACCAAGGAGCGGAUUGCCCCAUCAGUAUCAAGUUGGUACGAUUAAUAAGGUAUCCGAGCAUAUAACUGAUAUCCCUUGGAAAGGUGGCACAGCAGAGAUGCGAAUCAACGGUACUGGCAGUCGGAAACAGGCGGACAAACAAAGUGAAAAACAGCAACAAUCGGAGACAUAUACCCUCCGUACCGACACUCGUCACCCAUCCUACCUCAGCCCGGAACCCCCAGCUCUCUCCGUUGCAGAGCUGAUGAGGUCUCCAUUAUUGAGGUGGUCGAGCAGAAAUUGUCGUAGCUUGCCUCCUACACCUCUACCGAGUUAUCAUCAACCGCUCCACCCCCCACUCCCCGCGGUGGGCAUGGUUGCAGAGAGGAAGAAACGUUUCGAAGUUUAAACUCUGUCCAUUUUACGCAUUAAAUCACUCGAAUCAUCAAUUUAUACGCACGAGCCAUCGUCUUUUACGAUACGCAUUCAAUGUGACUUUUACGAAAGCGUGCAAAUUUCAUUGUUGUGUUUUAUAUGGUGCUAAUCCGGUCGCUCUCGUGCACAUUAUUUCUUAAUUUCUCUUUUUCUUUUUAUUUUUCUUUUUAAUCGCGUAGAUUGGCUCAGGAAUUGAAAUGUGUGGAAACUCGGCGGUUUAAAAUGCGUUCCUUGUGACUGUUAUUCGCGACGAUGAUUCGGUAUAUGCGAUUCGUAGAUAAUUAGUAUACAUUGAUAAUGUGCAAUAAGUCGUGCUCAAGUACGUGCUUACCUUGUAUCGCAUCACUCUAUUGAGCAUGUUUAUAAGGUAAACAUGAUUCAAUAAUAAUCGAAACGAGCCUUUAGGCUCGUCAAAGUAGGCGGGUUCUUUACGCCCAUCUUCGUUCCAGGUGGCUUACUAUACGAGCGUUCAUUACACGCCUAUUCGUACAAUAGGUUGUUUUUGAGAAAGUUUAUCAGAAAAUUUUUGCUAAGUACAUUCGUAUACAAGAUGGUCGCCAGAUUCUCGCGACGACUGACUUUGAUAUGCAUUUAAACUUUGAUAACAAGUUUUUUCCAUAGAUACGAUUAGUUAGUCCCAUUCCUACGAACAACUUUGACGAAUAAUAUUUGAGACGCGCUAUUUUUCCUUCUUUGUUUAGAAAAAAGAAAAAACAAAAAAAAAAAGAACACUUUUUACAAGAAGAUAUUCCGCGCUACAAGCUUGGUGCGAUAACUACAAUUAACGAACGAGGGAAGGGGGGGGGGGUAGACGAGAACAUAAAUCGCGAGUCAUGUACACAAGAAAAUAUUUACGUGAUAAUCGCUAUAAAAUUAUUGUCUACUAUUUCAACGCAUACGUAUCUCGAUGUUAUGUCGUCCAAUGAUAACGAUAGGAAUCAGUUUGUUGUCUAUUUUCCAAAUAUAUACCCAAACAUCGCUAGCUUUAUUUCUGAUUUCGAAUUUGACAAUGAAUUUAAGUUUAAUCGUAACAAGCUCAAAUUUCUAUCAUUCUUUUGUAUAUCAAUUUUGAUUCGAAAUCAGGCCUCCGUUAUAUGAAUUUUGUGUUAUACACGGAAUAAAUCUAAAUUAAUAUCAACGUGCAAAACGAGAGAAAGUGAGAAAAGGAAGACUUUCGUUGAUUUAGAAUCGAAAUGAAUGUUAUGCUUGUUUUUGCUCUUGUUAUGUACAGAUUUUGCACAUAAUUAUGCAGUUAUAUCGUCGCAUUGUGUAUUAUCGCAUCUUUCAUCGUGUAAAUGUUUUCAGAUUGCGAUCAUUUGAUGUUAAUACUGUAUAGUUUAUGAUGUUUUCUCUAAGAUAUCAAAUAUAAAUAGUUUUGAAUUAAUCUUUUUCCAUUGAAAAUGGAUCCGUUUACUAUAUAUCAAUAUUGCAUUCUACUACUUUACGACCGAUCGCGAUCCGUUGCAGCGAUUCGCUUGCUAUUGAAACGGUAAACAUGAUGUUGAAAAAAAAAAAAAAAAAUUCAUUAUCUCUUAUGUAAUUACUCAGGAUUGUUUAACAUUUAUAAUAUAUUACGAUUAUGAUAUUGUAUUUGUAUUAUAAUUUAUAACACGUUUGAAAUAAAAUAUACAGUAACUAUCGUA